AUAGUUCAUUGUUUUACUGUAUCUGGGUCACUGUGACCGUUUUCCUGCCAACGUUACGCGCUUGUCCUGUUUUUUCAAUGUUGGCAGAAACUUGCGACCUACAUAAUGGCGGUAGUCCUCUGCUCGAUGAUGAGCUGUCAAAGUCAGUGACUUUGGAGGAGUCCACAGGUAUGCCUGUUAACUGUAGCUUAUGUGAAAAACCGUUCAAUGACCCUGUCAUCCUGAGUUGUUUGCACAUUUUUGAUCGAGAAUGCCUUCGCCCACUUGAACGUAAUGAUAACGUUGCACCUUAUAUCAAAUGUCCUCGGUGUGGAGCUAUUUCUGGUGGCUUAAAGACAUUGCCACCUUACGAUUCGGCGCUUGCUGCUGCAGAGAAAGGAGCUGUAUCCAACGCCCCUGAUACUGCUGUUCAGUGUUCUGUAUGUACCGACGGAAACGAAGCGCUUUACCGGUGCCUUCACUGCGCCGGAACUUUGUGUGAGCGGUGCCGUGAUGUUCACAAGGUCAUGAAAGUGUUUUCUCACCACGAAAUUUUGGUUCUCACUGAGGAAGAGAAACGAAAUUCCGAAGUGUUACAACGAAACAUGCAAAACGCCAAACCGGUAUCAUGUCCCAGUCACCCGGAGUUUAUGUAUACAACUUUCUGCAUGCAGUGCCACGUACCUCUAUGUGAUGCAUGUUUCGAGUGUGACCACAAAACCCACAUCACAUCAGCACUGAAGCUGGUUCCAGAGCACGUUGAUUCGCUGAUCUUUAGUGCCGCAGCUACAUGUUCCGUACACCAAAAAAAUCUGAGAGAGCUUACUGAGAACCUUCACAGCGUUUUGUCUGACCUUAGUGCCUCACGGGACAAAAACAAGUCCCUGAUCACUGAUACCUUUAACCAAUGGAAAGUGGCUAUUGAACGAGUGAAAGAUUACUUUCUUCAGCGUAAUCGCGAACUUCAUGACGACUUAGAGAUGCGUAUCUGGUCGCGCAUCCAUGCUGUUGGAAAGACGAUUGACCAUAUUGAUUUCGCUUGCGAAUUCUCCAAAUCUUAUCUGAAAAAGUGUUCUAACAUAGAAAUGUGCAAGUUGACGAAAAAUGUCCUCACCUGUUUUGAUCGACUCAGCAAGACGCCACUGAGUAAUGAAGGUUCCCUCCGCGUCAAUUUCACCCCGACUCCCUGCGUAAUACAUGAAUUGGUGAAACAGAACUUCGGUACAUUCGAUGGUCCUCCUUCAGCCACUCCUGUUGUUCCGAAGAGAGAAUCGGGGUACUUACCUUUCUCUAGCGCUGGUUCUCAAUUUGUCAUAUCUACUGCUUGUGAUGUUACGGACGAUUUGAAACGUUUGAGUCUCAAGUUGGACGGCUGUCUGACGAAUGGCGCAAUCACACCGCUAGACGCCUCUGCUUCCGGCCCUCUCAUACCUCUGAGUUCAGUCGACGCUUACGCAUCGUCCCGUGCUGCCAACCUGGCCGCUGUGCAUCUUCCUAGCUCCAUAGACAGUAGUACUGAUACUUUUACGGCCCAGUCGAAUGAACCGACCGCCAUCAAUAGGCCUAUAACGAAUUGGAGUGAUUUGGCCAUGGGAAUGGUGGGCCUAGAUCAGACAGAAUUUCUAAACUCAGCUCAAGGCGACCAUCCUUUUCUUACAUCCCCGUUUAUCAAUCCGGAAUUUAACCAAAAUACUCUUCGCUCCUUGGGUAACCCUUCCGCCAUGUCGGCCCUCGAGCUGGAAUCAAAUAUGUUAAAACAGAAACUUCCGAUCAACUACAACGCCACUUUAUAUGAAUACUGCAGAAUGCGGGCCGCUCGUUGCUCUCAAAUGAACCUCUUGACUAAGUGGGGGUCCCUUGGUUGCGAACUUGGUCGGCUUAAUUCUCCUCACGGGUUUUGCCUGGGUUUCGAAGAGGAGAUUGUAGUCGCGGACACUUACAAUCAUCGCAUCCAGAUAUUCACAAAGCGCGGCGAUUUCGUUUCAUUCUUCGGAGUUUCCGGUCGUGUUGAUGGCUUGUUGUGGUAUCCUCGCAAAGUUGCUAUUAUCCGGCAAAGCCAGCGCUAUGUUGUUUGCGAUCGCGGCAACGAGCGCUCCCGGAUGCAACUUUUUAGUCGCAGUGGACAUUUUGUUCGACGUAUUCCCAUUCGAUACAUCGACAUAGUCGCUGGGCUUGCAAUAAACCAGCACGGUCACAUAGUUGCAAUAGACAGCGUCUCUCCCUCCGUGUUUGUCGUUUCCGAGGAAGGGGACUUGAUUCGUUGGUUCGAUUGUAGCAACCACAUGCGAGAACCGUCUGAUGUCGCAAUUCAUGGACGCGAAUAUUACAUAUGUGAUUUCAAGGCUCACUGUGUGAUUGUUUUCGAGGAGGACGGCACAUUCGUUCGACGCAUUGGUGGGGAGUCUAUCACGGAUUUCCCCAACGGCAUUGACGUCAGCGACCAUGGAGAUGUUCUCGUGGGGGAUUCUCAUGGAAAUCGCUUUCACAUCGCUGUCUUCAGUCGAACUGGGGAGCUCUUGAGUGAGUUCGUAUGUAACCAAACCAAAGUGAGCCGUUCUUGCUGCUUGAAGAUAACUACUGAAGGCUACGUGGUUACUCUUGCGCGCAGUUCCAACAACGUGCUGGUCUUGGAUACACUCUACAUUUGCUAAUGAUUAGCCUGAGUUACCGCUGACCACGACAUCCUAACACCACGUUCUUCCAUCUACACAGUAGCAUUACUUGUCUGUUUUACUUUAACAUUUUAUCUUCGUAUUUGAUUUUAUUGUAUAUUUGUACUUGAGAUUAUUGUCCAGUUUUGGACGAAUUUCGUGCUUUGUCACAGUCAUUUGCCCCCUCCACGCCUGUCCUCCACAGGGUGCUCGUGAUACACUUCAUUUUCGAGUUAUUUACAGUAUGUUUUUCCUUCAAUUUUUCAUGUUCUACUUUUUUCUUAGUUUUGUGAACUACUUCUAAUGUGGGGCGACUUACCCGAGGUGUUCUUAUUGCGUGAUUUUGAAUGCCGUUCACUCCCCACUGUGGUUUCCCACAAAAUCAUCGAAAAUAUUUCGCGCGCGUUUUGAACUUAUUCCGAAGUUAAAGAGCAUCGUUAGUUAGCAUUUUAUCUGAAUUGUUUUCUCUGUAUUUUUGCAAUAUUUUUUGAGAUUAUGAAUUAUUGUUUUGUGUUAUUACUUGUACGGUUGGCUUAUCGCGUUCUUUAGUUUGCCUAAUUGGUUCAGUCAAGCACUCGAAAUUCAUUCACCUUUUACGGACUGAUUGGACCCCCUCCCAAUCCUUCCAAUUUUCGGUUACACAGCACUUGUGCCUUUCACACCCAACCACUCAUGACACCUUCCCUAUUUGAAUAGGUCAUCCUUCGCUUUCCAUCCAUCCACCCAGCAAAUGUGAAUUGCUCAACGCUUCCUUGGCUCUCUUGCCAUUUUCUUUAUCUUUGUUGGUUUCGUCGCAUUUGCGCACCAUUUCCCGAAUUCAGUUGCGCUUCUCUCUGCAAGUUAUGAUGACCAAUAUCAGCCCAUUCCGAAUGGCAUUCUUUUGGAAAGUAUCAUAUGAACACUGAUACGUUUGCUUGUUAUGGUACAUUCACAAAAAGCUAUAUUUGGCGGUGUAUCCGCAUAUGUGAACUGUCGGUCACUCGUGCGCAAUAUGAUUCCAUUUUCAUCUUUUAUAUCAAACCCUACAUGUGCCACUGACUGUCAUUUUGCCCUUUGAAUAUGGCCUGACCGCUUAUUUUGAAGUUUAAAUCAAACCUUGUAUUCCUUGCAUAUUGGUUUAUUACAUUACUUUUUUGAACACAACUUCUAAGAAAGUAAGGCAAUUAUUUUUACACCAGCAAUGCUAAUCUAGUAGCAAUCCAUACAUUUACAGCAUACUAAUGUUUCCACG